ACUGAUGUCUCUGGCUGUCAGGAACCUGAAGUGUCUGUCGCCGGUCAUGUGCCAGUGUAAGGUCAUCUGCAGCAACCGGACCCUGUCGCUCAUGUUCGGGUGCAAGAAGUACAGGUACCAGGAUGAGGAGACGCCCCCCUUGGAGCACAGUCCAGCACAUCUGGCUCCAGGAAAAAGUGCAGAGAUGCUUCAUAUGAGCGACAAGAACCUUGCUGCCAUGGAGGCCAUACAUGGCUACACGCCACACACACAUAUCUCUCCUGUCAAGCCUGUGUUGAUGUCUACGGGACACACUCCAAUGUACACCUCAGCCGUUUCCACACUGGGAAAUACUCCUCCAAUGGUGGUGAACACCGACACGCUCGACGGUUCCCCAUAUGUGAAUGGGAUAGAAGGGGAAAUCGAGUAUGAGGAGAUCACACUGGAGAGAGGUAACUCAGGCCUGGGCUUCAGCAUUGCAGGGGGAACAGACAACCCUCAUGUGGGCGAUGACCCCAGCAUCUUCAUCACCAAAAUCAUACCAGGAGGAGCGGCGGCUCAGGACGGACGGCUGAGUGUGAACGACUGCAUCUUAUUUGUGAAUGAUGUUGACGUGCGGGAGGUGACACACAGCCAAGCUGUGGAGGCUCUGAAGGAGGCAGGUGCUAUCGUCCGUCUUUACGUUCUCCGCAGAAAACCGGCGGCUGAGAAAGUCACAGAAAUCAAACUCAUCAAAGGGCCUAAAGGACUGGGUUUCAGCAUCGCCGGAGGGGUGGGAAACCAGCACAUACCAGGAGAUAACAGUAUCUAUGUCACCAAGAUUAUUGAAGGCGGAGCGGCUCAUAAAGAUCAACGUCUGCAGAUCGGGGACAAGAUCUUAGCGGUGAACAGCGUGUGUCUGGAGGAUGUGAUGCACGAGGAUGCGGUGGGGGCUCUGAAGAACACAGCCGAGGUGGUGUACCUCAGGGUGGCCAAGCCCAACAACCUGUACCUGACCAACUCCUACAACCCUCCAGACCUCACCAGCACAUAUUCCCAUAUGGAUACUGAACUCAGCCACCCCAACUAUCUUGGCUCAGAUUACCCACAAGCCCUUACUCCCACCUCACCUAGUCGGUUUUCUCCUGUUCUGCACGGCAUGAUGGGAGAUGAUGACAUCCCCAGGGAGCCUCGCAGAGUUCUGAUCCACCGAGGCUCCACAGGUCUGGGGUUCAACAUUGUCGGGGGCGAGGAUGGAGAGGGAAUCUUUAUCUCGUUCAUCCUGGCAGGAGGGCCAGCGGACCUCAGCGGAGAGCUGCACAAGGGCGAUCAGAUCCUCAGUGUGAACGGCGUGGACCUGCGCAUGGCGACUCAUGAACAGGCAGCUGCAGCGCUGAAGAACGCCGGCCAGACGGUGACCAUCAUCGCUCAGUAUCGGCCCGACGAGUACAGCCGCUUUGAAGCAAAGAUCCACGACCUGAGGGAACAGCUGAUGAACAGCAGCAUGGGCUCGGGGACCACGACGCUAAGGAGCAACCCAAAGAGAGGCUUCUACAUCAGGGCUCUUUUCGACUAUGACAAGACUGCGGACUGUGGCUUCCUCAGUCAAGCGCUGGGCUUCAGGUUCGGGGACGUGCUGCAUGUGCUGGACUGCGGGGAUGAGGAGUGGUGGCAGGCCCGUAAAGUCAGCCCCCAGAAUGAGGCCGAGGAGGUCGGCUUCAUCCCCAGCAAGCACAGGGUGGAAAGAAAAGAGUGGUCUCGUGGUAACACCAAAGAGAGGGACCACGGUCGGGACAGCUUGGGCCCUCAAGGGAGAGAUAAAACAUUGCAGAGUUAUGAGACAGUCACCCAAGUGGAAGUUCAUUACGCGAGGCCCAUCAUCAUUCUGGGUCCCGUGAAGGACAGGAUAAACGACGACCUGUUGUCUGAGUUCCCCGACAAGUUUGGAUCUUGUGUCCCACACACCACGCGGCCCAAGAGAGAGUAUGAGGUGGACGGGAGGGACUAUCACUUUGUGUCGUCGCGGGAACAGAUGGAGAAGGACAUCCAGAGCCAUCGGUUCAUCGAGGCCGGCCAGUACAACAGUCACCUGUAUGGCACCAGUGUCCAGAGUGUCCGCGAGGUGGCUGAGCAGCAGGGGAAACACUGCAUCCUGGAUGUUUCGGCCAACGCUGUGCGCAGACUACAAGCAGCUCAGCUUCAUCCCAUCGCCAUCUUUGUACGGCCCAAGGCGCUGGAGAACGUCCUAGAGAUCAAUACUCGUCUGACGGAGGAGCAGGCCAGGAAAGGAAUGGACCGAGCCCUAAAACUAGAACAAGACUUUCUAGAGUGCUUUUCAGCUGUCGUGGAAGGGGACAGCUUUGAAGAGGUCUAUCACAAAGUAAAGACAGUGAUCGAGGAGCAAUCAGGGCCUUACAUCUGGAUCCCCACUCGGGAGAGGCUGUGAUGCUGCACCCCCGCCCCCGCCCCCGCCCCGCCCGACCGGACUUCCCUCACCGACCACCGACCUGACACCACCCUUCACCCUCACAGCCAAGCCAGCCUCGCCUGCCUGUCUGUCCUCCAGCAAAGUCAGUGCUUAGGCCAUCACUGAGAAUGACACAGAGAGACAAAUGCAUACUAAGACAAACACAGAAACAGAGACAGACACAGGAAGUGACACAGCGAGGGAAAGAACGAUACCAAAAAAGAGACUCUGAGACAGACGGGAACACAGCUUUGUGUUAUUCGACAGAGAAAUGACUAAAUCAGUAUUUAAUGAGGCACGACUGAGUCUUGAGGUCCUGUUUCACAUUUAGCAUUAAAAUGCAUCUUGGUACAGCUGUGCACCCAAAACUGGGGAUGUAAACAUCCCGAACAAGGCUUAUUUAGCGAUGCCAAACAAUUUUAGCGUUUUUUUUUUGUUUCAAUACAGUUUAAAAUCAAAUAUGAGUCAAAUUAUACAUCACAGCUUGUGAGAUUUCUAAUGCAUUUUGAUGCCAUUUGUGAGCUGCAGUUCAUCUGCAUCUAUACACGUUAUACCUGCUGGACACACGAGACAUCAGGCCUGAGCAGGGCUUGAAAGAGAGUAGAGGGUGACGCAGCAGGGACGGACACCGGGGUAGUAUUAGCACCACCUCAACCAGCCCCAUCCCUCGGGUGUCUCACGCUGAACACCUCCACGCGCCCAUGUCGGAGAUGGAGGUGCCCCAAAAAAGACACUGGCCCCCCCCCCCCCCCCUUUUUAUAUCAGCUCCUGGCUUUCUCUCCUCCUCCUCCUGUCAGCUCUGCCUUGUUUCACGACAGGAGAGGGGGACGACUGGGAACAGGAAUCUCCUCUUGGUUCUGUGUGUGAACUCAGAAUUCCACUGUAGUGACCAAGACUGACACGUGCUCAGUCGCCCAUGUUGAAUAUCGCAAGGCAUUAUUUAACGAGCAGUUCUAAUAAUUAUAAUGAUAAAAACUCAUAUGCUGAAUUUGUGCAUGCAUCCUCGAAGACAAUGGAGACAGGAGACGAAAAACAAUGGAAAAUCAGACAAAAAAACUAAAAAAAAGUGGUAAAAAGAAAGGCGAGUAAAUAGGCUGUGUUCUUCUUCACCACCUCCCUAUCGUGGAGGAGUUUUUUAAGCAUGUCUCAAGAAAGAAGAAGAGAAGAGAGACGAGGUCAUGAGACAUGGUCAUGGGAGGCCAGUCCUGAGCACAGUAAAGCUCUGACAUCCAGUUUAGCCUCUGCUCUCUUAUGCACACACACUCAACGCACCAACACGCUAUCACACACACACACACACACACAAGCACACACACACACUCUUGUCCA